ACCAUAGACAGCGUGUUUUGCUGUGGUCAGUGGUGUUUUGACAAUCACAAAAGUUUUGACCGUGAUAAAAAUGACGAGCUCCACAAAUUAAUUAGAAAAUUAAAAUCUAGUGAUUAAUCAAAUAUGACUGUGUGGCGAAAACUCGACAAUGAGGACUGCUACGCCGUCGCUGUAUAUAACUUCAACUCAAAUAAACCGUUCCACUUGCCGCUGGCAGUCGGGGAGCUGGUGCACCUGGAGAGGGAGACGGCGCAGUGGUACUGGGGCAGCAGUCUGCGCAGGGACGCGAGCGGCGCCUUCCCCAAGCGAUACGUCACCAUACGCGACUGCAAUGUGGACAGGUGCGGGGAGACGGUGGUGGCGUCGGCGGGCGGCGGCGGCGUGGUGCACGACAUAGCCGUCACGCUGCGGGAGUGGCUGCAGCACUGGAAGCUGCUGUACUUGACAAAUGACGAGCGGUUCAAGUUCAUGGAGGUGAGCAUGCGCGCUCUGUUGGAGCUGCGCGCGCAGGCCGCAUCGGGCGCGCUGCCGCAGGACCUGCUGCGCCGCGUCGCGCGCACCGCCGUCUUCACCAUAGACAAAGGAAACAGAACGCUGGGCAUGGAGCUGGCGGUGCGCACCGUGAGCGGGCAGCUGGUGGACCCGCUCACCACGUCCACGUUCCGCCUCAACGCGCUACAUGACGACGCCAACUCCAGGAUCGACAAGAACAUGGAGACGACGCCCACCAGUCGGCCGACGAGUCAAACGCCCACUGUGCGCACGUACACCGUCGUAGUUAACAUCAAGAACUUCGUGUGCCGCCUGAACGACACGGCGGAGCUGUCGCUCGCGCUGCACGACUCCGGCGGCAACAAGCUGACUGAGAGUGUGCUGCUGAAGUGGCCGCCCGGUCACCUGGGCGCGGCCGAACUCUUCACCGCGCCCUCCACCGUAUUCACUGAUCUAGGCAGUGACAUAAAGAAAGAGAAGAUCUUCCUAGUGUGCCAUGUCGUCAGACUAGGAUCUAUGGAUGCGCAGAAUGUGGAUCACAGACGCAGCACGAUGAGCCCCAGCACGCCGCUGGCGAGCUCGACGUGCAUGCGGCGGCCGUUCGGCGUGGCGUGCGCCGACAUCACGCAGUACCUGGCGGCCGACAACUCCGACAAGGAGAUCCAGCUGCCCUUCUACGCAUGUGAAAAAGAGAAUAUGGAUUCUCUCCUCAAGAAGGUGAUCACGAACCGCGAGCUGAAGGACCAGAAGCAGUCGCAGGGGCUGUGGGUGUUCCUGCAAAUGGUGGAGGGAGACUUGAAACAGAUAAGACAAGAAAACCCUCACAUAGUGGUGGGGAACACAGCAUUUGCGCGCAAAAUGGGUUUCCCCGAGGUCAUCCUGCCCGGCGACGCGCGCAACGACCUCUACGUGACCCUCUGCAGCGGGUCCUUCUCCAAGGGCGGAGGGAAGACUUCCGAGAGGAACAUCGAGCUGGUGGCGCGCGUCGUGGACAAGAAUGGACACACGGUGCCGGGCGUGAUCUCGGUGGGCGCGGGCGUGCCGCUGGUGAGCGAGUACACGUCCGUCGUGUACUACCACGACGACCGGCCGCGCUGGCAGGAAGUCUUCAAGGUGUGUCUCAACAUCGACGAGUUCAAGGAGGCGCACAUCGUGUUCCUGUUCCGUCACCGCAGCUCCAACGAGGCGAAGGACCGCGCGGAGAAGCACUUCGCGCUGUCGUACCUGCGGCUCAUGCAGAAGGAGGGCACCACCACGCCCGACACGCAGCACAACCUCGCCGUGUACAAGAUCGACUACAAGCGCGCUACGGGUAACGUGGACGUGGACACGGAGGCCGCGGCGGCGUGCCUGGGCCUGCCGUCGCGGCGCGACGAGCUGCCCGCCGGCUGCGACCGCGGCCUCACCCGGGGCCCGCUCGCGCUGCUGCAUCGGGACUCCUUGCUUGUCGCCACUAGGCUGUGCUCCACCAAACUCACUCAGAGAGAGGAGAUCCUGGGCGUACUAAAGUGGAGUACCCACCACGCCGAAGACACUCUACGGGAAGCGCUGAUGCGGCUGCAGCGCGUGCCCAACGACGAGCUGGUCAAGUUCCUGCAGGACAUACUCGACGCGCUCUUCAGCAUACUCACACAGAUCGACGAAGAGGAGCAAGAGAGGAGCGAGCGCAGCUACGCCGUGCUGGUGCUGGACUGCCUGCUGCAGGUGAUCGCGCUGGUGGCCGACCACAAGUACCAGCACUUCCAGCCCGUGCUGGCCGUCUACGUCGAGCGCAGCUUCUGCGACGCGCUAGCUUAUGAAAAACUAAUAUCUAUCAUGGUGUGGACGAUCCGCUCGGCAGAGCAGGGCGAGGUGGCGUCCAAGCGCCUGCUGCAGUGCAUGAAGUGCCUGGAGAGUCUCGCCAGAGUGCUGGUGCGCUCGCGCCAGCUGCGCGCCGCGCUCGGCUCCCGCGCGACGGCCGUAUCCCGCAGCAGCAUGGAGAACGGCAUAGAGGAGCCUGCCUACUGCCCGCAGCUGCAGAAUCUCCUGGAAGCGCUGGUGUGGCUGAUGCGCUGCGGCGACCACGCGCUCACGUGCCAGGGCUCCGCGCUCAAGUACCUGCCGCACGCCGUGCCGCACAUGAUCAAGAUAUACCCCGACACGCAGCUCAGCGAGUACAUAGUGUGGGCGCUGGAGGCGCUGCCGCUGGGCCGGCUGUCCAACCAGCGCCUGCACGCGCUGCUGGAGCUGGUGCGCGGGCCGCUGGGCGCCGCCGCCGCGCCGCGCGCGCGCCUGCUGCCGCACCUCGCCUCCACGCUGCGCGCGCUGCUGCGGGCGCCCAACGAGCUGGACAACGCGGCGCACAAGUCGCGCUCGGCGGACAAGGCGGCGCGGCUGCUGGGCGCCGACACGGCCAGCCUGCUCGACCACACGCAGCAGAUGCAGAUCGUAUGUACACGUCCCUCCAGGCUUGUGGUCGCUGCAGCUGCGAGCGCGGCGCACGAGGCGUCGACACGGCCAGUCUGCGCGACCACACGCAGCAGAUGCAGAUCGUAUGUACACGUCCCUCCAGGCUUGUGGUCGCUGCGGCUGCGAGCGCGGCGCACGAGGCGUCGACACGGCCAGUCUGCGCGACCACACGCAGCAGAUGCAGAUCGUAUGUACACGUCCCUCCAGGCUUGUGGUCGCUGCGGCUGCGAGCGCGGCGCACGAGGCGUCGACACGGCCAGUCUGCGCGACCACACGCAGCAGAUGCAGAUCGUGGAGCUGUGCGUGGAGACGCUGGGCGAGGUGGUGUCGCUGCUGGCGCGGGACGACGUGGGCGCCGUGGAGGCGGACCGCGGCGAGCUGGCGCGCUCGCUGCUGCCCACCGUGCUGCGCAUCGCCGCCACCAUGAUGCGCGACCGCAGCAAGGAGGACACCACCGCCAACGAUGACCCCUUGCUGCGCAAGCUGAUCUGCGUGCUGCUGGACAUGGUGCGGCAGAUGUCGGAGGCGCAGUACGCGGUGGUGACGCGCGCGCUGGACGCGGAGGGCGCGGGCCGCUCCAACUCGCUGGUGAGCGACGCGCUGGCGCUCAUGCUGGCGCUGCUGCAGCGCCCCGUGUUCCGCCCGCACUGGGCCGAUAUGCUGCAUCUGCAGCACCACGUCAUGCUGCAUGCCUUGAGGUUGCUGGCGUCGACGCUCCGCGACAACCUGUGCUCGCUGGACGAGGCGGACGCGGACGGGCUCACCACCGUGCACGGCAUCCUGCAGGAGUGGUUCGGCGUGCUGGGCGCCGUGGCCGCGUCGCCAGCCAUCCAGCUGGAGGCGCUGCCGGCCGCGCGGCGCCAGCGGGCCGUCACGCUGUACGGCGAUAUAAGGAGAAGCGCUGCUGCUCUUCUGGCUGAGAUGUGGUUCAACUUGGAGAGCCACAAGCGCUACUUCAUCGGUCCGCUGGUGGGGCCGUUCCUCGAGGUGUCGUUCCUGCGCGACGAGGAAGUGAGGAACACAACCAUUCCGCUGUUCUUUGACAUGAUGCAGACCGAGUACAAGUACACCGCCGAAAUCGGCGAGGGCAACCUGCGCUCGUUCGAGAACGAGCUGAUAGACAAGUUGGACGUGCUGGCGGAGGCAGGGCGCGGCGACGCGGCAUGGCGCGCGCGCUUCGUCUCGCUCUGCGGCGCGCUGUGCGCUGCGCACGAGUCGCUGAGGGACAUAGGCACGGACCUGGUGGCGGCGGCGGCGCGGCAGCUGGACGCGCUGCUGCAGUACCGCGCGGCGCCCACGCACCACCGCAUGUACCUCAUCACCAGCGUGCUGCGCUUCUACGAGGAGAUCGAGCGCCCGCACAUGUACAUACGCUACGUGCACCGCCUGGCGGCCAUGCACCGCGCGUCGCAGCACUGGGCCGAGGCGGGGCUGACGCUGCAGCUGCACGCCAAGCUGCUGGACUGGAGCGAGACGCCCCUGCCGCCGCGCCUGCGCCACCCCGCCGCGCCGCUCGACCAUCACACACAUCUGGAACUGAAGAUUUCGCUGUACGAGGAGGUAGCUCGGCUGCUGGACUCGGGGCACCAGUGGGAGCUGGCGGUGGAGGUGGUGAAGGAGCUAGUGCAGGUGUACGAGCGGCGCGGGAUGGGCUACGAAGCGCUGGCCGAGCUGCACGAGCAGCUGGCGAGGCUGUACCGCGCGCCGCUGCGGGAGACCCGGCUGAGGCACUCCUACUUCCGCGUGCGCUACCUCGGCAGAGGCUUCCCUCAGCACCUCAGGCAUCCCAAGUGGUGUGGUCAGGGGUUCGUGCACCGCGGCAACGAGUGCGACAUGCUGCACAGCUUCAAGGAGCGCAUGCUGGACGAGUGGCCCGAGGCCGAGGUGCUGCUGAAGCUGGACGAGCCGGGGGAGGACAUCACCGACUCCGACGGACAGUACUUGCAAAUCAACGCGGUGACGCCGGUGAUGGCGGAGCGCUGGCGCUGGCUGCUCAGCAAGCCGGUGGACGACCGCAUGCUGCGCUACUACGAGCAGAACAACGUCAGCAAGUUCGUGUACUCCCGCCCCUUCCACAGAGCCGAGGACUCCAUAAUCACCAGCGACUCCAAAGACGACGUGUCCGGAGCGAACGAGUUCGCGACGCGCUGGCUCGACAGAACAGAGUUGGAGAUUAGCGACACUUUGCCUGGUAUCCUCCGAUGGUUCCCGAUAGUCUCCAGCCGGAGCUACCCGGUUUGUCCGCUGGAGGUGGCCGUGGAGACCAUGGCGCGAACCAACACUGACCUGAAGACCAUAAUCCUGGAGGCGCGGCCGCCCAGCGCGCCGCUGCACCCUCUAACCCUGAAGCUGCAAGGCAUCCUGGACUCGGCGGUGCAAGGCGGGCUGGUGAACUACGAGCUCGCGUUCCUGACGCCGGAGUACGAGGCGCGGCACCCCGAGCACGCGGCGCUGCUGCAGCAGCUGCGCGACCACAUCGCCGACCAAGUGCCGCUGCUCAAGUUCGGUCUGGAGGUGCUGGUGGCGCGCUCGAAGCAAGCGUCGCUCAACGCGCACCUCACGGCGUGCUUCCGCCAGAUGCAGCAGCACGUGCACCAGCGAUAUGGGAAACGGAUGGGCGACUUCGAGACGGAGUCCAUCCCGGAGGUGCAGCUGCGCGCCAACCUGCGCAAGAGCACCGACACCGAGGCCAGCGCGCUCAGCAACAACCGCAUCUCCGACAUCUCCACCGGCAACGAAUCCACUCCGAACAAGACGAAAUUCGUCAGUGCUAAAAUUAAUUCAGCUUUAAGCAAUUGGGCCAGGAACAGCACUAGCGGCACCUUACCGCCGAAGAAGCGCGGCAGAAAGAGCGAUGUGAGUUUACAGUCCAGCGCGAGCCAGUGGUACACGUCCGCCAACGGCGCCGGCCUGCCCGUGCACGUCAACAGCCUCAACACGCUCAACAACCUCAACAGCCUCAACAGCGCCAUCAACAGCAUCAUGACGGGGGUCAGCAGCGCCGGCCUCAACAACAACGGCGCUCUGUGUAGCGUGCUGGACUCGCCUUCGUCUUCCCCUCUCCGGGAGCUGAGGCAGGAGCUGGUGACGGAGCGGCCGCUGCGCGCGGAGGCCGAGCGGCGCCUCUCGCAGCGCGCCAGCUUCAUCACUUCCUCGGAGCCGCCCUCCAACAGAGACUCGUUAGGAACGACGGAUUCCAAUCAGGAGGACGAGGAGCCGCCGCCGCUGCCGCAGAAGCAGUCCCACCGCGGCGCCGACCCCGACGCCGACAACAACAACGCGGAGCCCGCGCCCACGCCCACGCCCACGCCCGCGCCCACGCCCACGCCCGCGCGCUACAACUACGACCUGGUGGUGUCGCCGCGCAACUCCUACCUCUACCAGUCGCGGCGCCGCAACACGCGCGACGCGCUGCCGCCCGGCGCCGAGAGGGCGCCCACCCCGCCGCCCAAGAAGCGCAACCAGAACAACGUCUAGCAACCACGCGCCACUCAACUGAAGCUUACACGUUCACACUGCACACGCUGUAACCAGAACGCUAGCAGAAACUUAGCGAUAUUAUCAUACUACCUAAACACAAUCCAAUGCCAAUAACCAUUUGCCUUAUCUUGUAGUUUUAGUGAUUUACUAUUUUCCAAGCCCCCAUUGUAUGCAAAACUCGGGUCAUUGACCCGAGUUACAUUGCCCCACCUACGACUCAGCAUUGACUUCGAGUGUCCUAUUUACGGAACGUUCGCUGAUCUCUAGCGUCAGUCAGAUGUUUUACUGUGCAAUAUAUUGUGAACUUUAAAAAAAUACUUUUUUUUUUUUUUCAAAAAAAGUUUCGUAGUUUUAUUUAUGGUAUCUUGUCAGUAAUCAUCAGUAUUAUCACCUGUCUUCCUUUUGCUAGCGUUCUGGCUACACCCUGUACGCGAAAGUGUGUCUAUUUGUUAUCUUUUCAAGACGCACUUGUUGAUUUUGAAGAAAGGAUCUUGUGUCUUUUGAUCCAAUCCUCCAACUAUGUUAUAGCGGCCGAGUCGAAAUCGAGCGCGAACGUGGAGUUUUGGUACAUUUUCAAAAUUAUGUAAUAGCAUUCCAACUAGCAUUUUUAUAAAAGUCUACAUCAAAAUAUUUUUCUACAAAUAGAUAAAAUUAAAUGCUUUAAAACAGUCUUUCUUGAAUCAAACCGAAAGAUGCCGAAAAUUAUUAUUAUCUUUAAGAAAAACUUAAUGUGUAAUAUUAUUGUAUUUAAAGAAAUUAUAUUCGAGUCAAAUGAAAAGAUCCCUUUUGUUAUAUUUAAA